AUGGCAAACGUGUAUCUAGAGUUCAUCUACUGGGGUUUCUUAGGUCUCAUCAACCUUGCCGUGUCCGUUCUCGUGUACUACACGACCAAGCUCGAGAGAAAGCGGAAAAUCUCUGCCCAAGCCUCCCCGUCAACACGUGCAACCUACGAUGGACUCACCUUCCCCUCCUCUUUCGCGUACGUCAGCGUCUUCACAGGCGUGCUGAACAUGGGCGGCGCGUAUCUCCGCUGCCGGCGCAUCCACUUCCUUGAAAUUCCUACCAUUCCGUGGCUUCAUGACACCAUUGCCAGUAUGAAAGGCGGCGAAGAGUUCCUGAAGCUCCUGGAAGCCAAGUGGCUCGUGGCGAUGAACGAUUGGACGAGUCUCUUCGUGGCGACGACCUUCUUCCUUGCGGGCUGUGUCAAUUUCGCGACAGUCAGACAGCUCAGGUUGAGGGAUAAGUUGGUGAGGGAGACGUUGUUGCCUGUGUCAAGCCAGGACGAGAAGAUGCGGCUUCACGAAAAGGGUGGCGAGACGCGGGCGAUGGAGGAAGACGAGGACGAUUCAGAGGAGCUGUUCUGUGCCAAACGGCCAUGA